AUGUCCCUCAGGAAUUUAUGCCGGGCUCUGCCUAGAUCGGUCCCAAGAUCCUAUGCUCUCACAAGCUCAAGACCGCUCUGCCCACUUCGCCACGUAUCUCCUCUCCAACAAACCUUAAGGAUCACUCCUAUCAACCGAUAUGCAGCCUUCUCGACAUCCAGAUACGCUCGUGCAAAGGAAGGACAAGUCGACCAAGAGCUUUCGGCAAAAAUACAAACAGAGCUUCAAUUAGAAAGGGAAAUGCGAGAUCCAGACAAACUCCCAUCAAGUAUAUCGGAUUAUCUAAAUAGUAGCUCAUUCAAACUCCACGAUACCCCUGGCAGUGAAGAAGUUGUUUUGACUCGCAAAUUCGGCGACGAGCACAUCCGCAUCUCCUUCUCAAUUGCAGACCUCAACUCCAUCGACAACGAUCCUGACACCUUCGGCGACGACAAUGCCCUCUUCGACGAAGACGCUGGCACCAAUCCCUCCGACAUACCUGAAUCGGCCCAGUCCGGAGGUGCAAACUCCAAGGGUACUAUAAAUCAAGGUCGCACCUCCGGAGGCAACAUAAAUGUCGCUCCUGAAGACAGUGUUGCCCCCGCAGACCGCGACGAGCUCGCCGACGACGAGGCGCCCGCAGAAGACGGGCGCAACGCAGAGCCGUCUUUCCCGGCACGUCUCAGUGUCAAUAUCGAGAAAGCCAAAUCUGGAACGCUCCAGGUCGAAACAACCGCGCAAGAUGGGGAGAUUGUCAUUGAUAAUGUGUAUUACUACAAAGAUGGCAAACUGGCGGAUGCGGAAACAGCGGAGUUGGACUGGAAGCGACGCAAUCUGUAUGAAGGUCCCCCCUUUGCCAACCUGGAUGAGGAUUUGCAAGUCCUGCUCGAGCGAUAUUUGGAUGAAAGGGGUAUCAAUACUGCGUUGGCUUUGUGGGUACCGGAAUAUAUCGACUUCAAGGAGCAGAGGGAGUAUCUGGAUUGGCUAAGCAAUGUCAAAGGGUUCGUAGAUGCGUGA